AGCAGAGCGGAGCGAGAGCCGAGCCCCAGUCCCGUCCUGCGCCUGCCCUGCCAGUCCAGCCGCUCGCCCACGCGCACCCUCGCCUCCCGCACAGCCGCGCCAUCGACUCCCGCGCCCCUCCGCGUGGAGGUGCCCGCUUGGCUUCCUGCCCCCUCCCCGGCCCGUUCUCACGAUGCUGGGCGAGUCCGCCACUAAAAGAUCUUUCUCUCCACCCCUCCUCCCCUCCCCGUUUCUCCUCCGGACAGGCAUCGGACCCGCGGAGAGGGCAGCCCCAGAGAGUGCGACCGGUCGCCUCGCCUCCCUCAUGCCUGCGCCCUGGGAGGGAGCGUUAUGGAUGUGACUGAGAUGGGGAUGAUACAGCUGCGGAACCCGAGCCAUGCCACGGGGCUCCUGCAGAAGGCCAACCAGAUGCGCCUGGCGGGGACCCUGUGUGACGUGGUGAUCCUGGUGGACAGCCAGGAGUUCCACGCCCACCGGACCGUCCUGGCUUGCACUAGCAAGAUGUUUGAGAUCUUGUUCCAUCGUAACAGCCAGCGGUACACCUUGGACUUCCUCUCGCCAAAGACCUUCCAGCAGAUCCUGGAGUAUGCCUACACCACUGCCUUGCAAGCCAGGGUGGAAGAUCUGGAUGACCUUCUCUACGCUGCGGAGAUUCUCGAGAUCGAGUACCUGGAGGAGCAAUGCCUGAAGAUCCUGGAGACCAUCCAGGCCUCGGAGGACAACGAGGGUGAAGCCAGCAUGGCCGACGGUGGUGCCGACGAGGACGAGGACCGGAAGUCCAGAUACGUGAAGAAUGUGCUCCUCUCCAAGCAUUCCAGUGAGCACAGCGCCUUCCCCGGCCUCCCCAGCCAGGGCCUGGCGGGGCCAGUCCUGGAGCAGAGCCCCUCUGUCUCCACCUCCUUCGGCCUCUCGGCCAUGAGCCCCACCAAGGCCGCUGUGGACAGCCUGAUGACCAUCGGGCAGUCGCUGCUGCAGGGCGCCCUGCAGCACACGGCCCCCGAGGACUUGCACUCCGCCGGCGCCCGCCCCCUGAGCAUGGCCGAAGUGAAGACGGAGGCGAUGCAAGUGGACGAGGCCUGCAGCCACGAGAGCCCAAGGGCGGCCGACCUGAGCACUUCCGGCGGCGACCGGAGCGAGGACAAGGGCAAGCAAGGGCCCGGCACCCCGACCCGGGGCAGCGUCAUCACGAGUGCCCGCGAGCUGCACUACCCCCGGGACGAGAGCGCCGAGCAGCCCUGCGAGGCCGUCCAGGGCCCGCCGGUGGGGCCGGAGCUGCUGGCCUCCCAUGGGGAGAAGGCCAUGGGCAUCUACUCGGCGCUGCCCAACCACAAAAACGACUCCAUGCUUGGACUCCCCUCCUCCAUGGCCCCUGCGCUCCACGUGCAGCCCGCUCUCGCCGUGUCCAUGGACUUCAGUGCCUACGGGGCCCUCCUUCCGCAAGGCUUCAUCCAGAGAGAGCUGUUCGGCAAGCUCGGGGAGCUUGCCGUGGGUAUAAAAAACGAGGCCCGAACUGUUGGAGAGCCGUGCAGCGUGUGUGGGGCAGAGCUGCCGGACAGCGAGACGGUGGAGCAGCACAGAAACUCCCUCAAUUGUGGCAGAAGGCUGGGAAGGUUUGAAUGCCACAUGAAAAUGCACAGCGGGAUGAAGACGUAUGGAUGUGAGCUGUGCGGGAAGAGAUUCCUCGACAGCCUGCGCCUUCGCAUGCACUUACUGGCUCAUUCAGGCUCCGACAUGGCCGUCUUCUGCCUCCUCUGUGGGAAGCGCUUCCAGACGCAAACGGCCCUGCAGCAGCACAUGGAGGUGCACGCCGGGGUGCGCAGCUACAUCUGCAGCGAGUGCAACCGCACCUAUCCCAGCCACACGGCCUUGAAGAGGCACCUGCGCUCCCACACAGGCGACCACCCGUACGAGUGCGAGUUUUGUGGCAGCUGCUUCCGGGACGAGAGCACGCUGAAGGGCCACAAGCGCAUCCACACCGGGGAGAAGCCCUACGAAUGCAACGGCUGUGGGAAGAAGUUCAGCCUCAAGCACCAGCUGGAGACGCACUAUAGGGUCCACACAGGUGAGAAGCCCUUUGAGUGCAAGCUCUGCCACCAGCGGUCCAGAGAUUACUCGGCCAUGAUCAAGCACCUCAGGACCCACAAUGGCGCUUCCCCAUAUCAGUGCACCAUCUGCCUGGAAUACUGCCCCAGCCUUUCCGCCAUGCAGAAGCAUAUGAAAGGCCACAAACCGGAGGAGAUCCCCAGUGACUGGCGAAUAGAGAAGACCUACCUGUACCUUUGCUACGUCUAAAGGGACUACAGGAGGGAUGGAGGAUGAAGUUGGGAAGGACUGGGCAACCCCCCCCCCCAAUCGUCUCGGCUUUUCUUUCUUUCUUUCCUUCCUACCUUCCUUCCUUCUCCUUCUCCCUCCCCCUCCCUCCUUCCCUCCCUCCCUCCCUCUCUUUUCAGUUUUCAAUCGGCUAGGCUUUGCUGGUCACCUUCUUCCAACGUGCAAGACCCUCUCCGUUGCAGUGGGGAUAAAACAGGGAGGAGGAAAACUCCUUGGAGCACUCUGGCCACAACCUGCAGGAUGCGAAAUCCACCAGCAGCCAUCCCGGGGACCCUGUUCAUCCACCCUUCAGUGCUCGUGUGCAGCAGGACCCUGGGAGUGGGGAGGGAGAGCCUGUGGGUGCUCUGCAGUGGGUCGCUGAGUCCUCGGCCGCUUGCUAAGCUGAACCCUCGUGGGGAGAAGGCUCUCUCCUGGAUAUAUUUUGUCCUCCGUCAGCUGCAAGCGUUCUGGCGAGGAACCAGGUUUCUGUCUCGGCGCACAGAUUCCCUAAGAGCUGCUCCUUGUCUUCUUCCCAGGCUGCCCCUCUGGGCAGGGGCCAGCUGCCCAAUCCAAGCAGCCCCUUGGCGGGGGGACGCGGGGUGAUGCGUGAUCAGCAUGCAUGCGUACCUGCUGGGUUGAAAGCUUCUGGUUGCGUGUGGCUUCCCCAGCCUGCUUCUGAGGCUGCCUGCCGGGGUGAGGUGGACAGGUUGUUUGGGGUGGGAAUGGCCAAAUGUGGGAGAACAGAGGGCGGCGUUCUCUGGAGUGGGGGAGCAGCAGAAGUAUCGAGGUGCCUCCGCCACCCUAUCAUACACUUUCCCAUAGACGCACCUUCUCCUGUUUCUGGUUUGGGCUGAAAAGAUGUGCCGCUGUUGCUCCAGCGAGGUGACAACUACUUUGCCCAAAGAGCGCAACCAAGGGCAAACAGAGUUUGCAAGAGCUCUCUACUCACUCGUAGACAUUCCCUCUAGUCCAUGACCCUUUGUCCUGACCAAAGACCAUUCUAUGCAUUAUUAUUAUUAAUGGUUAUUAUUAUGUUUAGUGAGGGUGGGAAAGGGAUUUGAGUGAGUGAACCCUGUUAGAAAUGGUGUAACUUUGCACACUUGCCGAUACAAGAGGCCAGCCUUCUCUGAGGAUGGGAUGAAAUCAGAAGAGCUUUGCAGCCCUGCCAGCCAGUAGGUGGAGCAGGAGAGGGGGCCCGUGGGCGGCCUGAGAGCUGCUAGUUGGACGAUCUGGGGCUCCACCAUGCACAGGAAGCUUCCCCCUUCCGCAGACUCCCCUGUGUGCGCCCAGGGAGGUGCAGGGCCCCUGUCCGCACCCAUGAACGGACGCUCAUCCCCGCACUUUCCAAGGGACACACUCAGGCGGCCUGGAGACGCAGGAGCUCUGUUUGUAUUCCUGGGGAGCACAGGAGCCUGCGAGGGGAGGCAGGGUGGCUUCCUGCUGAGCCUCGAGAACAGCGGGGCCUCGCUUUGCGGACUCCUGCCUUCCCUGCCUGAUGGCAGCAAGCAGGCGUGGCGUGUGGCCGGUUGCGUGGACACUGUGAGGCCUGCAGGUUCACUGCCGCCGUCAGCUGCCCGUCCCGGCCGCCCAGGUGCAAGCGGGUGGCCGAACCUUCCCAGGGCUGAACGUGCAUCCAGGGGAAGCGUCCCCCCCGGGGGACCACGUUGCCACGGCCCUGCACCCUCCCCCUUGCCAGGCCACAGACCCUCAGCACAAGUGAUGCGCGGCAGCUGCUGGGCCAGGAGGCAGGCAGGCGUGGUCGGCAUUUCCCCACCGGGAGGUCGGCUGCAGCUCUCCACGUCCACCAGCCAACAGCUGGAGGCCCAGAUGGCAGAGGGAGGGGAGGGACUGGAAGCCACGAGGCCGUGCAGUGGAGUCUCGGCCUCCUUGGGUGCCUCCUUCCUUCUUCGAUUCACCGGCAAGGGGAGCCCUGGAUGUGCUUUGGCCCCCUCAGGGGCAUCGGGAAAUGUAUGCCUGCUGGCCGUUCUCCACCAGCUGCCUGCCGUCCUUUCCGAGGGACCGCCGAGCAGGGAUUCCUGCGCAGACACGGCCGUGGAUGCCCCGGCCACCCGCCGGAUCCUCUUGCGCCCCUCUUCUCUCGGCGCUUGGCAGAAGGUGCCCCAAGAGGGAGGGCAGCCCCCUCCCUCUCCCUUGCCCCCUCCCUGCCCAGGAAUGGCCUUUGGAGCACGGCCGCCCACCAGAUUCUCCCGUCUGGAAGGCGUCGACUGAGAAAGGCGGCUUUGCGUUGUCUUUUCUUCCUUAAUUUCAUUUCGCUUUUGAUGGUUUCUCCAUUUAGGACAUUGUACUUGAAAUUACCUCAGUUCCUUGUGACCUCAUGAGCUUGCUUGCAUUGGCUUUUGGGGUGGAGAGGCUUGGGGUUGACCCUCGGAAGGCUGCGCUGCGGGGCUGCGGGGGGGAGGCGUUCGUUUGCACGGAGCACCAAAGCGCCGCCGCAGAAGCGCCGUUGACGCGGGUUCUGUGUCAGCCUUCUUGCCUGGUUGUUUUAUCAAGCAUUGUUGUUAUUACCAAAAGUGGUGUUUUGUUUUAAUGGCCCAUGUGAUGGAAAUGGGGUUACGUUAUCUUGAAAGCUACCUCUUUUUAAGUUGGGGUUUUGUUUUGUUCUGUUGCAGUGACAGAAGCACAGUUUUGCAAUAUUUGUGUUUUUGUCAGUUAAUUUUUCCUUUUUAUCCUUUUUUUGCUUUGUGAUGUUCAUUUCAAUUUUCAUCUCAUGCUUUAUAUUUGCAAGUGUAAAUUUUAUUUUGUAAUUUAGCUGCGUUUAUAUAUGGGAAAACAUGUUAGGGAAGGGUUCUGUAGAUGGAAGAAAAGGGAAUUUUAGAGGGUGUCUCAAUACUGCUGCCCCAAUCCCCCACCCAUGUCUCACUCCGAAGCUCUCUCAAUUAUUGGUAAAUACUGAAGGCCUUAAGCUGGGAGUUGGGAUGGAAGAACAGGAGCCCCUUUUGUUGUACCAGUCGAGAAAGUUAACAGUUUAGGGGGAAAGUAGCAAUUUGGUAAGGAAAAGCAAGAACAGUUAAACUUGAAUAUGUGAAUAGCUAAGUAGAGUUUUGUUUAUAAUGUGAAAAAUGCGAUGUCCUUUAAGGCAGACCCUUUGAAGAGAAAUAUGCAGUAGACAGGCGAUGCCGCAUUUGCAGGAGGUGGCCAUGAGGGUCUGUGCGUUCCCAACCUUGCUGGCAGAACGUUGUUUUGGUCUUGCGGACAAAGGCCUGAGGAGCGCUUUUCCUUCUUUCCCCUCCAUCCAUCUCUCACCAAGAUGAAAGUGUUGGACUGAUAAAUUAUUUGCAAAGUGUAAUAUUUUUGUAAUAUCUGUUAGUCCCUGUGUCAGUUUUCAGCAGGAUGUUGUCCCCCGUCCCUCCUUUUGUAAUGUGAACAGGAAUCGUGUGUGUGUGUGUGUGUGUGUGUGUGACCUAGUAUUAACUAAUCAUGCAGUAUUGUUGUAAUCCAGUGUUACCACACAGACUGGUACUAAAUCAAAGUGAAAUUGCAGCUUCCAAAGCACACUUGGGGAAAAAUGCAUUUAACCAAAAUUCCACCCGUGUGAGCUUUUCCGAAUCCAGGCAAGAAGGCCUGAGAUUGGGAGAAGGACACCCACCUGCUUGGGUGAGCGCACUCCAACCACGAGGCCAUCACAGCUGCAUUUGUCGUUCUCGGUCCUGCUCAGGGCCGCAGCAAGACGCGACUUUCCCCUGAGUCUCCUUGCUGUGGUCGCUCGAAACACGCCUGGCCUGCCAUGCCACGAAUGUCGCCAGGACACGGGUGAAUUUCUCUGUGACCUCCGGCAGCGUGGUGAGCACUGUGGGGCUGAAGGAGGGCACGAUUCCUCUGACCUAAGUCUUGGGAUUGCACAACCAGUUCUUCAUUGAGGGAGGGAGUAUUUGUUCCCAGCUCAGAGGGUUUUGAUUUCACCAGGGCAGCCGCCUCUUCUGUUUGCUCUGUUUGCAUAAUAACCCACUCAGAGACCCAAUUUUGGGCCCGGUUAUGCUCCCAAGUUACAAAUGCCUUACAGAUUUUUACUCAGACUUUGCCCAUCUGCAAAUCCACACCUACCGGCUCGACCACAUACAACUUUAGUUCCCAAGCAGAAUCCCUUUGCAAGUAUUCUCCCUGGCUGCCUGUAACUGUUGCUUUGGGAAUAAACGUCAAAAACUGAAAGCGUUAAGAUGUGUUGUAUACAUACACGUGCAAGUGUGUAUUCCGUGUGUUUCUGUGCGUGAGAGAAAUGUGACUGCUUUUCUUUGGCUGCUUUGUGGGCACCGAUUUAGUAGGAGCCUCCACACAACUUUGGAAAACGGCUGGUUUUAUCACUUGGUUUGCGUGUGCUGCACAUGUAUGUUGCUACGUGGGAAAGAGGAAGGAAGUGCUGCAGGACCUGCUCUGUGAUUGGGUUCCUUGAGGAAAUGAGCCGGCUGCUUGCUAGGGGAUGUCAUGGUGCACCAGGAGCCCCGCUGUUCGGCUCAGCUCUGCCCUGUCCCCGGUCAGCUCUUCCAAGCUUCUGGUCUUUUGCAGCGCCCGGGGCUUCCAGCCCGGUGCCGGUGCCGAACGCCUUUACAUCCAGACAGGAUGGAGCUGAUCCACUUGUGCUAAGAGAGGAAGUAGCUAGUCCACAAGGUUUCUACCUGCUUCCCUUCCGGUUGUCCCCCACCGAUUCUGCCACGCUCACCCUCCAGCCAGGUCCUUCUGAUGCUCGCCGUCCUCCUGCUCCCGGCACCAGCCCACGGUCAAGCGAGGGAGCAGGGGGGCCAGGGAAACGGGGUGCCCCCAGCCCAGCACCCCACACAUGGGCCACCAUGACAUCCUUCAGCUCCAGGUGCCCUUUGCUGUGUGUCUUAGUCUUUGUUUUACAUAGUGUUAAAGUAUGCAUGAUAUUUUGAGGCUAAGAAGCCAUGCUAAGUCUCCAUGACGUUUAUGUUCAUAUAUAUAUAUAUAUCUAUAUAUAUAUCUAUAUAUAUUAUAGCACUGAGGACCAAUUUUGUCCUUCUGGACCAAGCAAAGUUAAAGCUUAUUAUUUUUGUUUGUUGGUUUUCGCUUGUCUUUUAAUGUUGUGACAGCUCAAGUGCCAGUUUAAUUGCUUCGUAUAUUAAACAAAAAAAAGUGAUUUUAAUUGCUCUCCUGGCUCAGUCUACCUCAGCACCUCCUGUUAGCCUAACUUUAGAAGGUGCCCAUUUUUCAUUGGUUUUGUUUUGUUUUCGGUUACGUUUUGUUUUUAAUUUUAAUGUCGGAGCCUUUGUUAUGUAUUUCUCCUCCCUGUACAAAAUACUUUCCUGUUUUUCUUCACAGUGCUGCUUGUGAGUCUCUGUUAAUGGUGUUUCUCUAGAAUCACAGAUGCAGUUAGCUUAAAGAUAAUGCGUGCGCGCGCACACACACACACACACACACACACCCAUAAAUCAGAAUUGUCUCCCCGCCCUGAAAAAGGUGUCAGCCCCCUGCUAGUCGACAUUCUGCGCCUCUGCACUGGUCUGUGUAAGUGGCAAAGGUAUAGUUCUUUGUGAACCUUCAGUGUUUCUGGCAAGGAAAAAAAGAGAAAAGGUUUUAAAAAAAGAAAUUACUGCUGCAGGUUUUUUUUUCUCUCCAUUUGUCACAAAGUGAAGUUUGUGCCUUCUAUAGCAAAGAGAAUAUUUUUUACAUCCUACUAACAGUAGAUUUUUUUGGAGUGGACAUUUUUUGUAUUUUUAUUUAUAAGUCUCAUAAGAAAAAUAGCAAUGUUCAGUUGUAUACCUUGAAUCUGCAGUUAGGAAAAAAAUAAAGUUAAUUCAGUCGUUGAAA